CUUGCGUGUUUUUAAACCAGAGAGCAGCACUAACAUCGAUCUGAUGUUACUUAUGUCAAAUAAAUAAUAACAUGCCGGGUUAAAGUUAACCUAAACAUCUAAAAAUGUUGUUUUAUUCGUUUUUCAAGUCGUUAGUUGGGAAAGAUGUUGUAGUUGAAUUGAAAAAUGAUUUAAGUAUUUGUGGUACUUUACAUUCCGUUGAUCAAUAUUUAAACAUCAAGUUGACGGACAUCAGUGUUACAGAUCCUGAUAAAUAUCCUCAUAUGUUGUCCGUGAAGAAUUGUUUUAUUCGUGGAUCGGUUGUCCGAUAUGUUCAGUUGCCUGGUGAUGAGGUUGAUACUCAGCUAUUACAGGAUGCCGCUAGAAAAGAAGCUACGGUGGCAACAAGAUAAAUAAUCUUUGGAAUUAAGUGUUUAUUGGAAUUAUGUGCUGAAUUAAAGUGUUUUUAUUGUAAUCUAUUUGUACCGAAUGAAAGUCCUUUUAUUUUGAAUGAAUGUAAUCAUGUAACAAUCAAUUAAAUUUGUACCGAAUGAAAGUCCUUUUAUUUUGAAUGAAUGUAAUCAUGUAACAAUCAAUUAAAAUUUAUAAAUAAUCAAAAA